UGUAAGCAUCGUGCGACAGAGCUGUCCAGGCUCUAUGCUUUUAACAGCGGCCGGCAGGUAGACAUGGCUGCGCCCACGAAACGGUGCCGCAGCGGUGCCGGAGGGUUUUCUGGGUGUCUGCGGACGGUGAAGCCUUGGUGGCGGCUCGCGUUGCUCCUGCUUUCCAUGUCUUCCCUGCCGGCGGUCAGCGCGCUGGUGGAGGGCCUUUACUGCGGCACCGAGGUCUGCUAUGAUGUGCUCGGAGUCACCAGGGAGGCCGCUAAGGUGGAAAUCGCUCGAGCUUACCGGCAGCUGGCUCGCCGGUACCAUCCGGACCGGUUUAGGCCGGGAGAGCCCGGCUCGGAGGGAGAAACCCAGGAGUCCGCCCACAAAAAGUUCCUGCUUAUCGCAACCGCGUAUGAGACGUUAAAGGAUGAGGACACUCGACGGGACUAUGACUACAUGCUUGACCAUCCUGAGGAGUACUACCAGCACUACUAUACCUACUACCGCCGACAGCUCACCCCCAAAGUGGAUGUCAGAAUCGUCAUCCUGGUCACCAUCUGUGCCAUCUCCAUCUUUCAGUACUACAGCUGGCACAGCAGCUACAACGAGGCCAUAAACUACCUGGUGACAGUCCCCAAGUACCGAAUCCAGGCCAUGGAGAUCGCCAAGCAGCAGGGCCUCCUCAACCGCACCAAGGAGAAGGGCAAGAACCGCCGCUCCAAAGAGGAAAUUCGGGAACAGGAGGAGGAGGUGAUCCGUGACAUCAUAAAAAACAAGAUCGACAUAAAAGGAGGCUACCAGAAGCCCAACCUGUCGGACAUCCUGCUGUGCCAGAUCGUGCUCUUCCCCUACUACCUGACCAACUAUGUGACCUGGUACAUCGCCUGGAUUUACCGCUUCACCAUCUGCAGGGAGGAGUAUGGAGAGGAGGAGAAGUUUUACAUCAUCAGCCUCCUCUCAGUGUCAGGUUAUCUCACAGCAGACUGUGUUUUUACUGUCAGGAGAAACAUGAAGAUGUCUCAGUCUCAGUUUGACAGUCUGGAUGAAAACACCAGACAGUCCUUCCUGGAAAAACAGCUCUGGAUCAAAGAAAACUACGAGGUGUACAGAAAAGAACAGGAGGAAGAGAUGAAGGUGAAGAUGGCAACUGACCCGAGGAUGAAGAGGUACCGCCGAUGGAUGAAGAAUGAGGGGCCGGGUCGGCUGACGUUCGUCGACGACUAACAGCCCAGAGUGUCCGUCUGUAACAUACACACUUGCCUCAGUGCCAACAUACACAGACAACACAUCAUGCUGUGUGAAGAAAUACCUGUACAGAAAGAUGAACUAUACCGGUUUAUAUAGUGAGAGAUAUUUUCAUAGCAGUUAGGCCAAGUGGAAGAAACUGAGCUGGGGCUUCAGAUUUUUUAGUAAUUUUUUUUACAUUAUGCUAUUUUUGUUCAAACCAAAAACAAACAAAUUAUUAAUAAUGUAAUGUUUUUCUAGCCAUUAUUGUUCUCUUCUGCUGGUCAAAAACAGAUGGGUAAAAUGAGUUUUGGUUCCUGAGUUUUUGUGAAAUUAUUCUGUUGGAUAACUGACACCAUCCAGGUGCAAGGUGAUUAACAUCCCGCCUAGUAACCAGCAAUCUAGUAAUCCCGCCCUGCAACAGCCAACAUUACUGUCAGUGUCUUUAGGCAAGGCAUCGGACUGCCACCUCCUCACUGUAUGCUACCCCAGAGAGGCAGCUAAAAGUCUGAAAUGUAAAAUUAGUGAAAAGAGUAUUAGCAUGUAUUGCUUUAUGAUGAAUAAACCAGAGCCAGAAUGUAUUUUGUAAUAAAAGUGACAUUUGGUUGCAUUUCUUCCCCCAAAGUCAGGCAAGAAGGAUAAUAAAUAUAAGAAACAGUUAGCAUAGCCCUAUCUAAAGUAAGAAUGUUAUCUUGUUUUUUGAACAGGUGUAGAAAUAGAAAUGUAUAAAGGAGACAUUUGGUGACUAGCUUGCUAGCUAACAAGAUACAAGAAGGAAGUGGUAAAGAGAUGAAACCGAUAUCCAUGUUUUCAUCUGACUCGUCCGACAAACGGCAGGUUCCUUUUUUGACCAGAAGAACAUGUUGUACAAACAAAGGGAAGUGCAAAUCGAGGGUGUUGAUAAACUUUUUGGUACUUCUGUCUUUUCUGAUCCGGGUUGUUUAUCAGAUUUAGGCUUAUCAGAUAA